AGGGGGGUGGACGAGAGAAUCGCAACGCAGAGAGUCAGAAUCACUACAGGCUUCUACUCUGAGAGCUCGAUAGCAGCCGCAGGACUGCCUCUCCACCCGAUCAUCUGGUCCUGGGAGCAAGACGAGCGGGAGUUUGGCGCACAGAGACAUGACAGAUAUAGAAGCGAGUUCGUGAGUCGGAAACGCAGGUGGAUCGCUGUUUUAUUCCCUCUGAAGAUGACUAAAGACUUGUGGCGCCUGCGACAGCUCGACUGGGCUGUGAUUUUGCUGGUCCUGAGCGCCACUCUGCAACAAUCUAACUCUGCUGCUUGCCAUGGAUGUGGGGGUUCCAAGUGUGACUGCAGUGGAGUAAAAGGAGAGAAGGGGGAGAGAGGUUUCCCAGGUCUUACUGGACAGCCGGGGGUCCCAGGGUUUCCUGGACCUGAGGGUCCAAUUGGACCUAGAGGAGAGAAGGGAAGUGAUGGACCUCAGGGACUAUCUGGUCCAAAAGGAAUAAGAGGACCACCUGGUUUACCUGGAUUUCCAGGAACGCCAGGACUUCCAGGUUUGCCAGGACAGGACGGUCCACCGGGCCAAAGAGGGGUGCCAGGUUGUAAUGGGACAAAGGGUGAACCUGGUUUUCCAGGAUCUUCGGGAAUACCUGGAGUACAAGGAAUUCCAGGUCCACCUGGUCUCCCAGGACAAAAGGGAGACCCCGGUGAUGUAAUUUCCACAAAUCUUUUUGGAGAAAAAGGAGCAGUGGGACUACCUGGAUUGCCGGGAGCUCCGGGUCCACCUGGAUUACAAGGUUUUCAAGGCCCAAUUGGCCCUCCGGGACCCGCAGGCUAUCCUGGUUCCCCUGGUCCACCAGGUCCGCCUGGACCUAAGGGAAACAUGGCUUUGAACUUCGAAGGACCCAAAGGAGAAAAGGGUGAUCCAGGCAUCCCAGGGCCUCCCGGUCCUCCAGGUCCAGGACAGGGGGAACAGAUCCGACCACCACCAACAGAGAUUCAGAGAGGGGACAAGGGUGACCCUGGCCCUCCGGGCCCGCCAGGUGACCCUGGCAUUCCAGGUGCUCCUGGUCCCUCUGGUGGACGAAAAGGAGAGAAGGGAGAACCAGGAGAGGCAGGCAAACGGGGAAAACCCGGCAAAGAUGGAGACCCUGGUCCUCCAGGAUUCCCUGGGAUCAAAGGUGAACCUGGAAUUCCAGGUAUUCCAGGCCGGGAUGGAGAGAGAGGGCCAAGAGGUGAUAGAGGAUUUCCGGGACCUCCAGGACAGGUUUUCAAUGGAAAUGGUGGAGGCGUUGGUCAAAAAGGAGAACCUGGGUUUCCUGGAAGUCCUGGACCUAAAGGCGAAAGAGGACUACAGGGUUUACCAGGACCUGCCGGAGCACCUGGAAUUCCAGGCCUAGGCGGAAGCGGUCCUCCUGGAUCUCCAGGAUUCCCAGGAGGCAAGGGUCAGAAGGGAGACCCAGGCACUCCUUCUGUCGCCUUGCCAGGUCCCCCAGGACGUCCAGGAAAUCCCGGCGCCGAUGGUCCACCAGGGCCCCCCGGACCUCCUGGAUCACCCAGACCAAUUGAAAAUUGCCUUCCUGGGCAGCCUGGACUUCCUGGAGUGCCUGGUGAAACAGGGUUCCCCGGAGGGCCGGGCCAGAAAGGUGAAAAGGGAGAGACCUGUGUCAACUGCUUUGGAGGAGGCAUUGGUGUUCCUGGCCCCCAAGGGCCUCCAGGACCGCCUGGACCAUUAGGGCCUGGUGGUCCACCAGGUAUCAAGGGAGACCGAGGUUUUCCAGGAACACCGGGCCUUCCUGGAUCUCCUGGUAACACUGGUCCUCAAGGUCUUCCAGGGUUCCCUGGACAGAAGGGAGAUCCGGGAGAAGCCAGCACAGUCACAGGUGUAAGAGGAGAGAAAGGUGAUCCUGGUUUCCCUGGACCCCCGGGGCUGCCUGGUCUGGAUGGUCGGCAGGGUCGAGAUGGACAGCCUGGACCUCCUGGCCCCAAAGGAACUCCUGGUUCAUUACUUGUAAAAGGAGAACGAGGUCCGCCUGGGGAGACAGGUCCACCCGGCAUCCCAGGAGACAGAGGUCCGCCAGGUCAAGCUGGCUUUGGAGUUCCAGGUCUACCAGGAGAGAAAGGUGUUCCAGGCAACAUAGGAAGUCCUGGAACUAAUGGAGCAAAAGGUGCCAAAGGUGAACCUGGCUUGCCUAACACAGUAAAAGGUCAGCCAGGACCCCCUGGACCGAGUGGCGAGCCAGGACGACCAGGUCCACCAGGUUCCCCAGGUCAGCCAGGACAGCCUGGUUUCCCAGGUUUAGCUGGACCAAAAGGUGAUCCUGGACAACCAGGUAUUGGACUCCCAGGUCCUCCAGGAGUGAAAGGAUUCCCAGGUAUUCCAGGUCAGCCAGGAAGACCUGGAGAAAAAGGUAUACCAGGAAUAGAUGGACUCCCCGGAACGCCUGGGUUUCCUGGUUCAAAGGGUGAGCCAGGUUUUGGACUUCCUGGUCCUCCAGGUCAACCAGGAAUACCUGGAGCUAAAGGUUUCACUGGACCAAAGGGAGAUUCUGGUUUCCCUGGCAACCCAGGCGGACCAGGACGACCUGGGUCUGAUGGAUUUCCAGGCACUAAAGGGGACCCGGGCACACCUGGUCGACCUGGACCUCCUGGACCCCCUGGAAGUACAACAGGUGGUGCAGUUGGUCCUCCUGGUCCUCCUGGACCUCAAGGCCCAAUGGGACCACCAGGCGAGAAAGGAUUCCCAGGAGGAAGUGGAGAAAAGGGUGACCCAGGGCCACCAGGCUUAGACAUCCCAGGUCCACCGGGUGAGAAAGGAAAUCCUGGUUUUCCAGGUGCCCCUGGACCGAUAGGAAUCCCAGGACCCCCCGGAGGACCUGGAAGGGACGGCAGGCCCGGAAUACCAGGUCUGAAAGGUGACAUGGGUCCAAUAGGACCUCCAGGACAACCUGGGGGACCUGGCACUCCAGGAGGGCCUGGUGCACCAGGAUUUAAAGGUGAACCAGGAUUUCCAGGCAGAAAUGGAGUCCCAGGUGCUCCAGGUUCCAAAGGAGAUAAAGGAGACAAAGGAUUCCAAGGACCCCCUGGACCCCCUGCACCAAUAAAUAUUGCUGGACAAAAAGGAGAUCCUGGACCACAAGGUUUAGCAGGCCCACCUGGAGUAAAAGGCAUUUCAGGUCUUCCUGGUGAACCUGGAUUACCUGGACAAGAUGGACGCCCUGGAGCUCCUGGACCACCAGGAUUUAAAGGAGAACCUGGAUUCCCAGGGAAUCCUGGUGGCCCUGGAAUUCCAGGUCCAAAAGGCAACAUGGGAGAUAUGGGAAUUCCAGGACCUGCAGGGCUGAAAGGUACAGCAGGUUUUCCAGGUAGGCCAGGAACCCCAGGUCAGCCGGGAACACCUGGCCCUCAAGGACAAAAAGGUGAACCAGGUUCUGCUGGCACUGGACCACCAGGAAUACCAGGAUCGAAGGGAGAUCCAGGUCAACCGGGUUUCCCAGGAAAUCCUGGACUUAAAGGAAGUCCAGGCACACCUGGCCUUCCUGGUUUACCAGGCUUACCAGGGGCUAAAGGAGAUGUAGGCCUCCCAGGAUUCCAAGGUCCCCCUGGUAGCCCUGGUCCAAAGGGUCUUGAUGGUGGGCCUGGUGCCCCAGGACUCAAUGGAGGUCCAGGUAGACCAGGAGAGCCUGGUCGACCAGGACCCCUUGGACCCGUUGGAGAGAAGGGUCAGCCAGGAAGAGAUGGCAUCCCAGGACCAGCUGGAGUAAAAGGAGAGCCUGGAAUUCCUGGCUUUGGUACUCCUGGUCCUGCUGGAAGUCGAGGGUUGCCAGGUGAGAAGGGAGACCCAGGUCCUCCUGGUCCAGCUGGCGGCCCAGGCUUUCCUGGCUCUAAAGGAGAUCCCGGCUUCCAAGGUCCUCCAGGUCCUCCAGGUCUCAGUGGCCCUCCAGGACCUCCAGGACAGUCAUUCCAGGGCGCUAAAGGGAUUCAAGGACCCCCUGGACCACCUGGAAGAUCAGGCCCCUCAGGUCCUCCAGGUCCCCCUGGACCAGAGGGUCCCCGUGGGCUGCCAGGAAGUGGCGGUGGUAGGGGUGAGAAGGGUAACCCUGGAAAUCCAGGUCAGCCAGGCCUUCCUGGUCAGAAAGGAGAUAUUGGUUUUCCAGGACCUCCGGGUCCUGCUGGUGGCCCUGGGGGCCCGGGUAUAAAGGGAGACCCAGGAUUUCCAGGAACUCCCGGCUUCCCAGGACAAAAGGGAGACCCAGGACUACCUGGUCCAAGCGGACUUCCUGGAGAUCCUGGUGCGGAUGGAUUUCCAGGUCCUCCUGGAGAGCCGGCUCCUAGGCAACCUGUUAUAGUAGUGAAAGGAGACAGAGGACCUCCUGGUCCACGGGGAGGUCCAGGUCCACCAGGGUCCACUGGUCCCCCCGGACCCUCUGGAUCCCCAGGUCUACCAGGUCCACCUGGAGAUCCUGGUACACCUGGUCCCCCAGGCUUCAACGGUCCACCGGGUGGGAAAGGAGACACUGGACCUGCAGGACGGCCUGGUCUAAAGGGCAACCCUGGUCCACCUGGUUCAGAUGGACCACAGGGUCCGCCGGGUAUUCCCGGGUCUGGCUCAGCAGCCCACGGCUUCCUCCUCACCAGACACAGCCAGACUGAAUUUCCACCAAGCUGUCCUGAUGGAACGAACCCCAUCUAUGAUGGAUAUUCUCUGUUAUACGUGCAGGGCAACGAGAGGGCGCACGGACAGGACCUCGGCACAGCCGGCAGCUGUCUGCGCAGAUUCAGCCCCAUGCCUUUCAUGUUUUGCAACAUCAACAACGUCUGCAACUUUGCUGCCCGUAACGACUACUCCUACUGGCUGUCCACUCCGGAACCCAUGCCUAUGUCCAUGGAGGCUGUGACUGGAGAGAGCAUCAAGCCUUUCAUCAGCAGGUGUUCCGUGUGUGAAGCUCCAGCUAUGGUGAUUGCAGUCCACAGCCAGACCAUCCAGGUUCCUUCUUGCCCUGCCAGUUGGAGUCUCCUGUGGAUUGGAUACUCCUUCAUGAUGCACACUAGCGCAGGCGCCGAGGGCUCCGGUCAGGCGCUGGCCUCCCCAGGCUCCUGCCUGGAGGAGUUCCGCAGCGCUCCCUUCAUAGAGUGCCACGGUAGAGGCUCCUGUAACUACUUCAGCAACUCCUACAGCUUCUGGCUGGCUACUGUGGAGGUUUCAGAAAUGUUCAGGAAGCCCCAGUCAGAGACAUUAAAAGCAGGUAACCUACAUACACGCGUCAGCCGCUGUGUGGUUUGCAUGAAGAGAACGUAAUAUCACGUGGCGGAGAGCAGAGCGGAGGACGCAAGAAACACAGCGAGACACGUUAGGAGGAACGACAUGGGCUCCAGUCGCCAUGGCAAGAAGGUGGCAUUCCAAUGGUGCAUUGACUUUGUGGGGGGAAAAAAAAGAAAAGAAAAAAAAAAAUCUAAAAUUGAAACAAUGGUGCUACUGUGCAACACAGCUUAGAGAAGAGUAAAAAAAAAAACUGACAUAAAUAUCAUUUCAUUUAGUCUUUGUUUUUCUUAAGAAGUACCUCAAAAUGAAAGCAGACAAAUAUUCGCUAUAUGGUACCAUGAUGGAUGUAUGACUACAAAAGUGCAUUUUUUCACUCUUUUCUUCCCUCUUUAAGGACUCCUUUUAUUUUUUAAAGAAAAAAAAAACACUAAUGACAUUUUGCUGCAAGAAAAAAAUGUGUCACACUACAUCUUUCCUUCUACUCUUUUUUAUUUUGGCUUUAUUUACAUCAAGCAGGCAGUCUCCAAUGGUUACAAAAUCAGCACUUUGACUUUGGAAUAUCCAGGAUGCGAGAUGCACUGAUGAGCUUUCCUUCACCGAGACCGGAUGCAUUUUGAAAAAAAAAAUAAAAACAUUUAUUUCUUUCUCAUCCUUCUGUCGUUUUACAUCCAGUUUCAUAGAACUAACCCUGCUGUAUCCCACCUGCUAACCAUCAACCUACACAUUGCUCUUCCUUUUUAUUUUUGUAAGUAAUAAAAUGUGUAUAUUGUGUAAAACACCUUUUUGUUUUGUUUUUUUAGCAUAUUAAGUCUAAAGCUGCACCAGCUGCUUGUUGUGACAGUUUUCCAGGUUGGUUUUUCUUUCUUUCUUUCUUUUUUUUUUUUUUUUAGCUCACACUCUUGCAGGCACUCACACAUUUACUUUUAUUGCUCACUCAGAUAUUGUACAAAGUAAGGCUUAUAUGAAUGGAACAGUAUUUUAUAUAUAAUAAAUUUAUAUUUGAGAAAAAAAAGAGCAUAACACUAUUCUUUUUUUUGGCUGUGGGGAAAUUUAAAACCUAUUUUAACCUCAGAACAGCCAAAAACAAAGCACAUGACUUAACAGACGGGCAUUUCUCACUAAAUAUACCAGUUUCUUAGAAUUUACACCAAUUCCAAUCACUCUUACCUUUUCUAAAGCGAUUAGCAAAAUUAAUACAUGCUGGUUUAAUUCUAUGGUGUUGUUAGGUAGUUUAAUAUUGCAAAUUAAUUGUGCAAAAAACAUUUAGAUCAAAUUGUAAGAAGAGAUUUAAUGAUGCUACAUGUUCUAUAAUAUUUCCAGGUGCUGGGCUUGUCUGUAACAUAAAGAGCUCCAGAAAUUUGGGUUCAACCAAAAUGUUUUAACCCACUUAAUGCUGGCUUGAAUUUGAACCUUGAAACACAGGUUUGGGUGUCUGUACAUUGAAAUGCACCCAUCUUAUCAGGUGGGAACGCUGAUGUGAUGUAACUCGGCAAAAGCUGCUUUAAGCGGGGGGAGGUUAAGAUUUUCCUGUGAUUUUUUUUUUAUUGUUGUUGGUUUUUUUCAUUACUGCUUUUAUGAAUUCUAAUAUUGUCAACUUCGGGUUCGAUUAAAGAUGUGCAUUUGUUUUUUUUUUUUUUUUUUGUUUCUGUUUUGUUAUGUUACUCAGAAGUUGUUAUAAACUUUUAAAACUGAAAUAAAU